GUUCAUGAAUCAUGCCCCGCCUUUUUGUUCACAUCUCCCCAAGCUUUUCCUGUUUCAUCCGCUUCAUUCUUCCUCGUCUUCUUCUUCCUUCUCUCUCUCUUCUCAUCAAUGCCGACUGGAGUUCGCGCGAAAUCCUAAAAAGAUGCCGGGAUCCGCUCCGGCGAGCCAUCCGCCGGAAGAACCUCAGGUUAAUGUUUCAGCGAAGACUUCUGCUCGCCGACCGGAUUCGUAUCUCCAGCCGUGCAGACCGCUCCAGCCCCGAAGGCGGGUUAGGAAGCACAGCUUUCGCCGUUCCGAUAAGGGCCGGAGGACGGACGGAUUUACUGCAAAUGGAAGAAGAAGCGGUUACGGUACUCCUCUUUUGAGUUGGAAGUUUGAAGACGGGGAUUGUUCUCGUAAGCCCUUGAUCGAGGCCGGAGGUAGCGCGACCCGGAAGGUCGGUAGAUCCUGCGGAAGGAGAAAGGAGGCUGUUACGGCGAGGAAACUCGCCGCGGGGAUCUGGCAUUUGCAACUCAGGGAGGUGACGUUGAGCGGAGGGAGCGGAAAGGAGUCUGCUGGUGCCUCGCUAGGUUUUGAGCUUGCUUCUCCUGCGUUGCCUAAUCAUACAAUGGAGAGGGCCACAAAGUGGGAUGCCGGAUGCCCAAGAACAUGCGUGGAGGUUUUUGAAAUCUUCAACCAGCUGAAGCUUCUUGAAGGUCAACAGGUCUCCACUGCUUCCAUUAUUUCUUCACUCCAGCAAGAGCUUGAAGGGGCUCAAUCUCGAAUCUCUGAACUCGAAUCAGAGCGGCAAUUAGUAAAUAAUAAGCUGGAUCGUUUCUUGCGAAAACUUGCAGAAGAGAAGGCAUCAUGGCGAAGUAGAGAGCACGAGAAGAUUCGGGCUAUAAUAGAUUCCAUGAAGAGUGAUCUGAGCAGGGAGAGAAAAAACAGGCAUCGGAGUGAAAUUGUUAACUCCAAAUUGGUAAAUGAGCUUGCAGAGGCCAAGCUGUCUGUGAAGCGGCUCAUGCAGGACUAUGACAAGGAAAGGAAAGCAAGAGAGCUCACGGAGGAGGUUUGUGAGGAGCUAGCCAAGGAGAUUGGAGAAGACAAAGCUGAGGCUGAAGCUUUGAAGAGGGACUCCAUGAAGAUACGAGAGGAAGUGGAGGAGGAGAGAAAGAUGUUGCAAAUGGCUGAGGUCUGGCGUGAGGAGAGGGUUCAAAUGAAGCUAUUAGAUGCAAAACUAACCCUUGAGGAUAAAUAUUUGAAAUUGAGCAAGUUGCAAGGCGAACUAGAAGCAUUUUUGAGGACACGGCCGGACGAAUCACAUGCUAGACAAGCAGAGCUCCUCAAAGAGGCGAUAGAUUUUGUCAAAGUUGAAGAAAUGAAGGAGUUUACUUACCAACCUCCUCCUGCUUCUGAGGACAUUUUUGCUGUUUUUGAAGAGCUUCAGCCAAAAGAAAUAACUGAUGAGAGGGACAUUGAGCUUUGUUAUGCAUAUAGCCCUGCAAGUCGGGACUGUAACAUACACUCUGUAAGUCCUGCCACUGAUAUCUUUUUAGAGAAACCCACCAGAAGAUACUCUAACGGAGAUACAGAUGAAGAUAGUGAUUGGGAAACUCUUAGUCCUGAUGAAGAGCGGGAAUUGACCAAUUCUGCUUCAGGCAGUGAGCCCUCAGUGAAUGCAAGGUGUGAAGGAAGCCAUGGAUCUCUGAGUGGAACGAACAGUGAAAGAAACAGAGAGAAUUGUGAAGUACAUGGUGAAAUCAGUGAGGCUUAUCCUCAAGCCACUAAACAACCAAAGAAGGGAUCCUCCAUAACUAGGCUGUGGAGGUCUUCAUGUCCCACUAAUGGCGAAAUCCUCAAGAAAAACUCGGCCGAAUUGAUGAAUGGAAGGCUUUCUGACGGAAGAAUUUCAAAUGUGGCUCUAUCUUCUGACUGCAGAGUUGGUGAAGUUGGGCUCAGCCCGCCGAGGUUAGAUCAAUGGAGCUCGCCAGAAUCUUCGAGUCCUCAUGUAGCCCCCCGCUCGAUGAAGGGAUGCAUGGACUGGCCACGAGUUCCACAGAAGCACAGCUUGAAAGAAAAGCUCUUGGAAGCAAGGAUGGAGAACCACAAGACUCAGCUACGCCAUGUUCUCAGACAGAAAAUCUAGCACCAUUCUGGUCUGAAUUGAGAGAGGUAUUUAUACAUGUAAGCAUUGUCUUGCUGUGUACUUUGUAUAAUUCUUUAUUUUUCGCUUUUUGCUACAUUGAGCUUCUUAUUUUCCAAUGGCCUACCUUAAUGCUUAAUUAAAAAAAAAAA